AUGGGGAAGAAAAACAAGCCCAAGGAAUUGACGCACGAGGAGAUAUGGGAUGACUCGGCUCUCGUGAGGUCGUGGGACGAAGCUGUUGAAGAGUACAAGCUUUACCACAGCAUUCAAGCAAGAGGAGAAAAUGUCGAGGAAGUGCUGCGAAAGGCAGAAGAGGCAGAGCUUGCAGGCCGGGAUAUCGGUGAGGUAGGCUAUGAGGGAGAGCCCAUGGACACUGAAACAGCCAAAACCGGAGCUCCGAUGGCAGCUGUCGAAGAUGAGUCUGCUGGUAUAGCAGAGAACGCGCGACAGACUACGCAAGCAGAUAAUGAACAACCAGAACCCGCCACAUCAAACGCAACGCCUCAGCAGGAGGCUGGUAACGCUAAUGUCAGCGGUGCUAAUAUUCCUUUUGCUGCACCCGAAGGAACGGCCAGUGUGCCUAAUGCUGUUCUGGGAGAUGGUGAGACACCCUAUAUGCUGGAGUGGAAAGAAUGA